UUUGCACAUCAAACAGGAACUAACGAAUUAAAAUGAGUGGCUCUGGUAAAGGUCUUUUAGGACUAUGGUUGUAUAGAAAUGGUUCUGAUUGGCAGGUUAAGAAUGAAUCACCUCAUCACCCUAAGUUAGGGGAGAUUCAUGCUCAACAUCAACCAACUCAAGAGGGAGAGAGAGUUUCUGUAAUUUUUUCUAUUAAAAAUCAGGUUGGGGGGCUCGUCAGGGUCUUGUCGGUGUUUCAAGACUUGGGUAUCAAUGUUCUCCAUAUUGAAUCUAGAAAGUCCGCGACUGAAAUUUCAGCCUCUGAUAUCCUGGUGGACGUGCAAUGUGAUCCUCGGAGAAUGGAGCAGCUAAAGCGAAUGCUUAAAAGAGAAGUCCAGGACUUUGAGCUGGUCGCCAACACUUCUGGCGAAGAGUUUCCACCAUCAACACCUCUGUCCGCUGCUGCUAGCUUUGAUUUUGGUGAAAUGCCUUGGUUCCCGCGGAAGAUAUCCGACCUAGACCGUGCCCAAAAUGUGCUCAUGUAUGGUGCAGAGCUAGAUGCUGAUCAUCCCGGCUUCAAAGAUCCUGUAUAUCGCAAGAGGCGCGAACAAUUUGCUGCGAUCGCCAAUAACUAUAAAUAUGGUCACCCCAUACCCCGAGUACAAUAUACUGAAACGGAAAUCAAGACAUGGGGCAUUGUAUUUAGAGAAUUGUUUAAGCUUUACCAGAAACAUGCUUGUGAGGAGUAUUUGGAGAACUGGCCCUUACUGGUGAAGUAUUGCGGCUAUAGAGAAGACAACUUACCUCAGCUUGAAGAUGUCAGUAUAUUUUUGAAGCGUAAAACUGGCUUUCAAUUACGGCCAGUUGCCGGAUAUCUCUCGCCAAGAGACUUUUUGUCUGGUUUGGCGUUUAGAGUAUUUCAUUGUACACAGUACAUUCGUCAUUCCUCGGACCCCUUCUAUACUCCGGAACCCGAUUGCUGUCAUGAGCUUUUGGGACAUAUGCCAUUGCUAGCAAACCCUAGUUUUGCGCAGUUUUCUCAAGAGCUAGGUCUUGCAUCACUGGGGGCUUCUGAUGAAGACAUCGAUAAAUUAGCUACGUUGUAUUUCUUCACUGUCGAAUUUGGUCUCUGCCGUCAACCUGAUGGUUCGUUCCGCGUGUAUGGAGCAGGCCUUCUUUCAUCUGUAGCUGAAUUGAAACAUGCUAUCACAACAGAAGAAAAGAUAAAGCGUUUUGAUCCAGAUGUUACAGUGAAUGAAGAAUGUAUCAUCACGGCUUACCAAAAUGCCUAUUACUAUACUGAUUCUUUUGAAGAAGCCAAAGAAAAGAUGAGGGCAUUUGCUGAUAGCAUCCAAAGACCUUUUGGAGUUCGGUACAAUCCAUAUACUCAGAGUGUAGAGGUUCUUAGCAACGCUCAAAAGAUCACAGCUCUUGUGCGGGAGCUGCGAGGAGAUAUUUGCAUCGUGUCGUCAGCUAUUAAGAAAAUUUCUGCGCAAGGUUCCACCUUGGAUGUUGAAACUAUAGCGAAUAUGCUGCACACUGGUCUACAGGUGGGUGAUAGGAGCCCUCAAAGUGUAUCCGGAGGAAGCUCACCAAAUUCCGAAAGAGGAAUAUCUCCACGACCAGAUACUUCAAAAUAAUCUCUUAUAUUAUUUUACACAUAUUAUAAUAAUAAUUUCUUCUAUUAAACGAAUAUUGCGUAGUUUAGAUUGCCUCUAACUUUAAAUAUAUUGUCAUGUAGUUAUUGGUUAUUUACUAAAAUUGUUAGUAGUCGUAUCAUGUUAGUAGUCGAAUAAAUGUAGAAUAUUGUUCUAUUAUUAAUAUUUAUUGGCUUAUAUAUAUAAUAAAAAUUUUGAAUUCUUAAUCACAACAUAUUUUUAAUAACAAUAUAAUCAUUAUUAUGUUUCAUUAUUCCGAUUUUAUUAUUGUUGAGAUUCAAAUAAAAUCGUAUUCUAUUAAAAUUUUAAGGACU